AUGGUGAAGUCUGCGGGUAGGCAAGCAAGCUCCAAGGCCGUCAAGAAGGUGCACCUCAAGACCAAGAAGACAGGCAACAAUGACACCACAACGACUACCGACGAGGCAGAAUGGUACUCCGCUGAAAGCAACAUCGCUUCCCUUCGCCGCAUGAUGAAGAAGUUCACCGGAGUGCGAGAUUUGUCAUGCCUUGACCUUUUCGGCGCAUCGGGUGGAAUCAAGAACGCCUGGGGUCGCCACAGGAAGAAGGCCGAGUUGUAUGACAUCAAGAAGUACGGCCUCAAGCAUGACAUUUGCAGCGAGCGCGGCUUCGAGAACUUGCUGCAGCUGGGCUUGAGGAUCAAACCAGGAGGGGUCAUCGUCGCUGGACCCCCAUGUUCGCUUUUCAUCUUCCUGUCCUCAUCGAUUCACCGCAGGAGCCGUCGCAGGCCGUGGGGGAACCAGGAGUACCGAUCCGUUCGGCUUUCGAAUUGCAUCGUGAAGAACAUGACCACUUUCUUGCAGCUCAUGUCUCAACGACGUGUGCAUUUCGUGAUUGAACAGCCAUUCGGCAGUCAAAUGUUCGAUCUCCCACCACUCCGGCGCCUCAUGAGUGACGUCGCAGCCAUCCGAGUGACGACCUACAUGGGUUGCUUUGCGCACAAGAUGAAGAAACGAACCAUCCUUGCAGGUACGUUGCCAUCGUUGUUAAGCAUGGAGCGAUCUCUGCGCCCGCAGGAUCGCAAACGCUUUGAGAAGAACCGGAAGAAGUUCUACAUCCGCUGUGAUGGCAAGGUCCAGGGCACCAAGGCGUUGCAAUCGAGCGCAGAUUACACGCCCCAGUUUUGCGACGCCCUCUAUACCUGCUGGAAGGAAAAGUGA